AUGGCAGCACGGAGGAGCGGUACGAUUGUCAACAUCGGCUCUGUCGUCGGCGAGAUCACCACGCCUUGGGGUGGGGUCUACGCGGCAACCAAGGCAGCCGAGCAAGCGAUUUUCGAUACGCUCUGGAUGGAGUGCCGUCCAUUCAACGUCUCAAUCAUGCACGUCUCAUCUGGAGGCGUCAUAUCGAACAUCGCACAGAACAUGAUCUCGCGGUUCAGCCUUCUGUCGGAUAGCUUGUAUAUACCCUGUCUGAACAUCACUGUGGAGCGGAUCAACAGGAACUAG